UUUUUUUUGUUGUCAAAACACAAUUGCUUUCAUCACUUGGAUUAUAUAACUCCAUCUUUGGUUCGGUAUUAGCCAGACAUUGCAUUUGGCACUUAUCAUCAUGAUUUUGAUUUGUAUAUCAAUUUUUCUAGUUUCUCUUGCCUUUCUACUGCUAUGGGGAAACAAGACCAAAGCAAAGAAAUUACCACCAGGUCCAAAAGGAUUACCAAUUUUAGGCAGCCUUCUAAAAUUAGGUGCAAACCCUCAUCGUGAUCUUCACCAACUAUCCCAAAAAUAUGGACCAAUCAUGCACUUACGCUUAGGUUUAAUACCAACCAUAGUUGUUUCAUCACCUCAAGCAGCUGAACUUUUCCUCAAAACUCAUGAUCUUGUCUUUGCAAGUAGACCACCUCAUUUGGCAGCAAAAAUAAUCUCUUGGGACCAGAGGAACUUGAGUUUUGGUGAAUAUGGUUCUUAUUGGCGAAAUAUGAGAAAAAUGUGCACUUUAGAAUUGUUGAGCCAUGCAAAAAUAAAUUCAUUUAAAACCAUGAGGGAACAAGAACUUGACCUAUUGAUAAUGUUUCUAAAAGCUAAUGACGGAACAAAGGUUGAUUUAAGUGCUAAAGUUUCUACACUCGCGGCUGAUAUGAGUUGUAGAAUGGUUUUAGGGAAAAAGUAUAUAGAUAAGGAUUUGGAUGAGAAAGGGUUUAAGGCUGUUAUGCAAGAGGGAAUGCAUUUAGCAGCUACUCCUAAUAUUGGUGAUUAUAUUCCUUAUGUUGGAUCGCUUGAUUUACAAGGACUAACUAGGCGGAUGAAGGCAAUUGGAAAAAUCUUUGAUGAUUUUUUUGAGAAAAUUAUUGACGAGCAUAUCCAAUCAGAUUACAAAGAUGAUAAGAAUAAGGAUUUUGUGGAUGUUAUGUUGGGAUUUCUUGGUACUCAAGAAUCUGAAUACCGUAUUGAACGACCCAAUAUCAAAGCUAUUCUACUGGAUAUGCUAGCAGGUUCAAUGGAUACUUCUGCAACAGCAAUUGAGUGGGCAAUUUCAGAACUAAUAAAGAAUCCAAUUGUAAUGAAAAAAGUUCAAAACGAGUUGGAAACUGUGGUGGGUAUGAAGAGAAAAGUGGAAGAAUCAGAUUUGGAAAAGUUGGAGUAUUUGGAUAUGGCUAUAAAAGAAAGCCUUAGGCUCCAUCCAGUGGCACCCUUAUUAAUACCACAUCAAUCCUUGGAAGAUUGCAUGGUUGAAGAUUUUUUCAUACCUAAAAAAGCAAGGGUCAUUGUGAAUUCAUGGUCAGUUAUGAGAGACCCAAAUGCUUGGACUGAUCCAGAAAUGUUUUGGCCAGAGAGAUUUGAAGAAAGCAAUAUAGAUGUUAGAGGACGUGAUUUUCAGCUCAUACCAUUUGGGUCUGGUAGAAGGGGUUGUCCUGGAUUGCAAUUAGGCCUAACUGUGAUUCGUUUGGUGGUGGCUCAACUUGUGCAUUGCUUUGAUUGGAAAUUGCCUAAUCAUAUGUUACCAAGUGAUUUGGAUAUGACAGAGGAGUUUGGACUUACUAUGCCUAGGGCAAAUCAUUUAACUGCCAUUCCCACUUAUCGCCUUUCUGGUUGAUAUUGAUAUAUGUGUUUGAAUAAGACUUGUAAAAAAAUAUUCUCCUUUUCAUACUAUCGAUAAAAGAAUAGUUUUUCUAUAUAAUGGUAUAUGCUUUGAAAUCUAUAUUCAUUGGCCC